AUUUAUUUUUUAAUUCAUCCGGCCGACGCGAAUCCGAUCAGUUUUAUUUUAUUUACGCAUUUAGCACUCGUGUCGUGUUAAACUUAAUUGGAAUAAAAUAUUGUAGUAAACUAUUUACUUUUUUAAAUUAUAUACUACAUCUGGAAAAUGUCUACUGAUAUCAACGAAAUUGGGUCACAAAAAGUAAAAAAUGUAACAACCGGUGAGAGUGCGGAGCUCCGCAGUUUCUGGCAGGACCAGAAUGUGGCCAUCAUAUUCUUCCGUCGCUGGGGGUGCAUGCUCUGCAGGCUGUGGGCAAAAGAGCUUGGAGAAAUCGCGCCAGUGUUGAAGGAGAACAAUAUAAAGCUCGUGGGAGUGGGCGUCGAGGAAAUCGGCUCCAAGGAGUUUGUCGAUGGGAAGUUUUUUGAUGGAGAUCUGUACUAUGUGGAGAACCAGUCGACGUAUCAGACCCUCGGAUUUAAACGAUUCAACUUGGUGACUAUCAUCACAUCUCUGUUCUGGAAGCAAUCUCGAGACGCCAUCUUUAAAGGCAGAGGAAUGGGACUCGGUGGGGACUUGAAAGGCGACUGGGUGCAAACGGGCGGAGCCCUAUUGGUGCAAAAGGGCGGGAAUCUGCUGCGCCAUUUUGUUCAAACCGGCCCCGGGGACCAUCUGUCCAAUUUGGACAUCUUGAAGGACUUCGGCCUGGAGAGCGAGUACAAACCUGAGACAAUGGCCAAUAAGAAACCAGAGGAGUGCUCGACAGAUAACAAGAAUUAAGUCCUGGCUCGAACUGCUCCAAACUAGCACCGGGCCCAUUCACACCAUAUGGACGGAGCGCCGCUGUAAGUUCACAUGGGUGUGAUGCACUUUGAAGAUUUUAGGGUUACGUUAGUGCGAAUAGGCCUCGUUGCCUGAAUCUGUUCUAUAAACAAAAUUGUUUAAAUAAAAAAUAUAUAUAUAUAAAAUUAAAAAAAUAUAUAUUUUACGGCUAGUUCGAAAUUGUGUAUCUAUUGUCACUGUUAAAUGCAACGUGCAAUUCGGACUUACAAAGAUUCUGGACGUGUUUUAAAAUUUGAAAUAUUGUUCUUUUAUUGUGUUAUUCUUUGUUGAAUUAUAUUUGCGGCUAUUAAUUAUCCACAUUUGUUUUUAUAUUGUGACGAUGUUUUUAAACUUAAUACGUUAUAGAUUUGUUUGAGAACGGUUUUGCGUUUGCAAUUUUAAACUUUAUUUAACAAGAAAUAUUGUUUAUUGAAUUUUUAUGAAGCUUCUACUUUCGUUUUAUAAAAAACUUGUCUGUAGAAAAUAUAUAUUUUUAUAUAAAUGUAGUGUCAAGUCUUCAUAAUGUAUACAGCGCAUCCGUUUCAGGUGUAAUGCGCAAGUCCAUGCAUACGGAGUGAGAAGGCAAUGUGUCGAAAACUCAUCACCCAAGGUUUUUUUUGGUCAUUUAUAAAAUUCUGUUAGUCGACUCUUAUUCAGCUUAAAAACCGGCAUUCAAAUAUGAGCGUUAAGGUUAUGUGUAGUUGAUCUAUUUUGCUAUGAAAGUAUAAAAUAACAUACAACCCAUUUAAAGUAAAAUGUAUCUAAAUGAUAAGAUUUAAGGUCUAUGUUUGAAUGCUCGUUUUUUGUCAUGUUAAAUUUCCUUGGGUGUUCAAAAUAUUUUAGCAAGACUGUAUUUAUGUUUAUGCAAUUAAGGUUUUUUUUUUUAAAUAAAAUUUUCUGUUACAAAAACAACCUAAAAUGUCAUAAGUUACGUAGAGUUGUAUGUAACUUGUGACAUUUUAAUUUAGUUUUCAUUUUAUUUUCUGAAACUGGAAAAUAAAAUGAGAAAAGUGAGACAGUGUGAUUACAGGGUACUGUGGCAAAAUACACAAAGUAGACAACGCGCGUGUGACACCCUAGGUUUUGCAGGCGUCGGUAGGCUAUGGUGACCACUUACCAUCAGGUGGGCCACACGCCUGUUUGUCUGCUUGGUAUAAUAUAAAUAAAAAUUCUUGUAUGUGUACUCCAUAUCAAUAAAUAUUUAAUCGCAUAUAUAGUUCCAGGUUUUGUGCUAAUACAAUUUCGAAAUAUAUUUUGAGGCAUUGUGCCUGAUUAUAACGCUUUAAACAACCGAAUGAUAGAUAGAAACGAUUACAUAGAUAGAAAUAUAUUUUCAAAGUGCUUUCUUAUGGCAGCAAUAUUUCGUUUAGUGUGAUAUAUUUCGGGCAUUUACUAUUAUAUAACUGUAGCUUUCAUUCCAUUCCUAGAGGAUUCUUUUUGUUAAUAUUAUGAAAAUUAUUUGUGUGAAAAAUAAAGUAUAUAAAUGUGAAUUGUUAAAUUUUCAAAUUUUAAUUCAUAAUAAUAUAUAUAUUUAUUUAUUUAGCAUUUAUAUAUUUAAAUAAUGUUUAGCAAUAAUAUUCAGAACCAUUUUUAUAAUAAACCAAGAACACUGAAAGAAAAAAUAUGAAUAAAACAACCAUAUAUAUAACUUGUAUAAGUUUUUGUAUAGCUACUUGCUAAAUAUUAUUUAAAUAGGCUAUGAAUGUUAUGCAGUCUAGACCAUAGAUAAAAAUGAAAUUCUAGACGUUAUUUUGGGUUAGAUUACACAAAUUUCAGUUGUAAAUACAAACCAAAUUUUAAAUUGCGGAAGAGUCAAAUUUAGUCUCUCUAUAGAUAUAUAAAAAAAGUUAUUUUUAACAAAUUGUGCAUUAUGUUGGGUGAAUUACUAAUAAUUAAAAAAAUAAAAUUAAAGUAUGUCGUAAACAAGGAAACCAGUUAUUGUAUAUUUAUAUAUUUAAAAAAUUGUAUUUGUUCAAAUUUUGUUUUUUGUUUGUAGAUUAGGUACAAUGUAUUUUUUAAACUUUUUUGAAAUAAAUGUGAAAAUAUAUGUAUAUA